UUUUCACUCUUCUCUCUCAUCAUAGCUGUGCUGCCUGUUGCCCAAUACCAACGACUUUUCUCUAUAUAUUUUCCUUUUUUCUCUGACUUCCUUCUCUCCCUUCCAUAAAUCUCACAGGGGACCUCUCCUUUUUACUGUCCAUCGUUCUCCCCCAUCCCCCCUCCCCUCUAACUUCUCCACUCAAUUCUUUUCUGGGGUGUCUCUGUUUAUAUCUACUUUCUGGUUAAGGAGUUCUACGAAUUCUGGUACCAUAUAGUUCAAGCUAAGUUCGCCGGCUUUCCCUUCCGGUGUGGAUCUGGAGGUUUUGUUUGUCAAAAGCUUGUGAAGAUGGUGAUUCGUAUCCCGCAAGCUGAUUAUGUUCUUUUGAGAAGCAGAAUUUGUUUCUUUUAUUGACUCUUCAGAGCUUAAUUGUUGAAAUUGUCUAUUAAGCUCUGUAGAUCUGAGAUAAAUAAUUCCGGUGAAAAUUGCAAUUAGAUUUGUAGAUACGGCUGGUUUUCUUGUAACAUACCUAUUAAAACAGCUAAAAAAAAAAGCCCUAAUCUCUCGGAAGAAAUAUCAAUUUUGUUAUCUAAAAUUAUGCGGCGUUUUUUCCGCCUCCUUGCCAAGACGGAGGAAAUUGUCGAGUCCGACCGGCAGUUUUCCAUUAUUAUUAUUUUUAUUUUUUUUGGUACAUAGUUUUCCAUUAUUUAUUUGGCUUGAUUAAAGUGAGCUGUAUUAUCUUUAAGCAUGACUGGAAAUAAUUUUUUGUCUCCUUUAAUUCAGUGAAAUUAAUUUUUUAAUCAAGAAAAAUAGAGACGGAAAGAUGAAUCAUUGUGCGAUCCAGCAAAACGUGACUGCAACACGGGAAGACAAAUGGAGCUCCGUUUCUGUUUCGGAUCUAAGACAAACUCUCAUCUGCCCCAAACCACGCCGUUUGAGUCUUCUAAACUCAACCAUCAACGACCACCCUGUCAGGUCUCUCAGAUGGCAACUCAGCCAUCAAGCAGAUAUGAAUGAUUCAAAAGCUGGGAGUGAUCUUUUGGAUAUCAUCCUCACAAAGGGUGGUUAUGGUGGGGAACAAUCUUGCACACAUGUAGCCUCGUCGCCCCCUUUUUUAUUUGGGUCGCCGCCGAGCAGAGUAGCUAACCCGUUAAUUCAGGAUGCUCGAUUUGGGGAUGAUAAAAUUCCCCCGUUGUCGCAGCUUUCACCCAUCCCGCACCCUUCAGGUUUAUCAUCAUCCCCAUCUUCAUCUGCAAGGAAAGGAGGUUGCAUACGGGCAAAUUUUGGUAACAAGCCAGCUGUGAGAAUUGAGGGGUUCGAUUGCCUGGACAGGGAUCGGCGAAAUUGCAGCAUUCCUGCCCUGGCUUAAAGCCCGAUUCAUCCAAUUAAGAGUAAAUAGACAAAAGAAGAAACGAGGAAAAAACCACUUCGAGCAAGCAAAAAAUUUAAUAGCAUGGGAAGAAUUUUGAAGUUCUUAGAGAGGCAAAAAGAGAAUUCCCUGUCUACUGUAUAUAAUAUUUAAAGGGUUCUUUGUAUAUGUAGUAAGUCAUGAGAAAGGAAGUAAACGAGAGUUGGUUCAACUAAAUAAAGAGAGUAAGGUCCUUAAUGGUACAAGAGGAUGGCUUGUGUAAUUGUGUCAAGAGAAAACUCCCUAGCCAUUUUAUUGUAUUUUCUUGUAAGUAAGAGAGUCUCGAGUGAGGAGCAAUUUUUUUUUCUUCCUUUUUCUGUUUCCUUGGUCGUUGAAGUUUCAAUUUCAGUAAGAACAGUUUAUGAAGAGAAAUUUGUACAAAAUGAAAUUGGUAUUUGAAU